CAGUCCGUUCCUUUCCUCCGGCCGAGAUGGCGGUGAAGGCGCUCAACCCCAAGGCCGAGGUGGCGCGGGCCCAGGCGGCCCUGGCCGUCAACAUCAGCGCGGCGCGAGGCCUGCAGGACGUGCUCAGGACCAAUCUCGGCCCCAAAGGAACCAUGAAGAUGCUUGUGUCCGGCGCUGGGGAUAUCAAGCUUACUAAAGAUGGCAACGUCUUGCUUCACGAAAUGCAAAUCCAGCACCCAACAGCGUCCUUGAUAGCCAAAGUGGCAACGGCACAGGAUGACAUCACAGGUGACGGGACCACUUCCAAUGUACUCAUCAUCGGUGAGCUACUCAAGCAGGCGGAUCUGUACAUUUCAGAGGGUUUGCACCCUCGAAUCGUUACAGAAGGGUUUGAAGCUGCGAAGGAGAAAGCCCUUCAGGUCCUGGAGCAAGUCAAAGUAACCAAGGAAAUGGACAGAGAGACGCUCCUGGACGUUGCCAGAACCUCUCUCCGCACUAAAGUCCACGCUGAGCUGGCUGAUAUUUUGACAGAGGCAGUGGUUGACUCCAUUCUAGCCAUCAGGAAACCCGGAGAACCAAUAGAUCUCUACAUGGUGGAAAUAAUGGAGAUGAAGCACAAAUCCGAAACUGACACAACGCUGAUCAGAGGGCUGGUUUUGGAUCAUGGCGCUCGUCACCCUGACAUGAAGAAGAGGGUUGAAGAUGCUUACAUCCUUACCUGCAAUGUAUCGCUAGAGUAUGAAAAAACAGAGGUGAACUCCGGGUUCUUUUACAAGAGCGCAGAAGAAAGAGAGAAACUAGUCAAAGCCGAAAGGAAGUUCAUUGAAGAACGAGUAAAUAAAAUUGUUGACUUGAAAAAGUCGGUUGUUGGGGAUUCAAAUAAAGGUUUCAUUGUGGUCAAUCAAAAGGGGAUUGAUCCUUUCUCCCUGGAUGCGCUUGCAAAAGAGGGGAUAGUCGCUUUGCGCAGAGCAAAACGGAGGAACAUGGAGAGGUUGACCCUUGCUUGUGGAGGCAUCGCGAUGAAUUCUGUGGAAGACCUGUCCGCUGACUGCCUGGGGCACGCAGGCCUCGUCUAUGAGUACACACUGGGCGAAGAGAAGUUCACUUUCAUCGAGAAGUGCAGCAACCCGCGUUCUGUGACCCUGCUCAUCAAGGGACCGAAUAAGCACACGCUGACGCAAAUCAAGGACGCGCUCAGAGACGGCCUCCGUGCCGUCAAAAACGCCAUUGAGGAUGGCUGUGUGGUCCCGGGGGCCGGAGCCCUAGAAGUGGCCAUAGCUGAUGCCCUGGUGAAGCAUAAGCCCAGCAUAAAAGGAAGGGCCCAGCUGGGCGUGCAGGCUUUCGCCGAUGCUCUGUUGAUCAUUCCUAAGGUCCUUGCUCAGAACUCUGGCUUUGAUUGUCAAGAAACGCUCGUGAAAGUUCAGGCUGAAUACGCGGAGUCUGGACAGCUCGUUGGCGUUGACCUAAACUCCGGUGAACCGAUGGCAGCAGCUGCAGCUGGAGUUUGGGAUAACUACAGUGUUAAAAAACAACUGCUUCAUUCAAGCACUGUCAUCGCUAGCAACAUUCUCCUAGUUGAUGAAAUCAUGCGUGCUGGAAUGUCGUCUCUCAAAGGCUGAGCUGAAAAGCAGUCCUGAGUGGGGGAGCAUCUCGACCUGCAGCCUCUGAAAUCCAGCCCAAGGCACCCCCCUUCCCUCCCUCCCCCCCCCCCACUUCCCCCAGCGUCUCGCUGCAAUUUCAGAAUGACAGGAGGAGUCACCGUUGCGCCUUCAGGAAUUUGGCCUCUCGCAGAUGGAAAUCUUUAGUUUCUACUGAAUCGGUUACUAUUUAUUUUUUACACGCACUGAAUUAAUACAUCUUGAGGCUGCUGUCUUUCUACCCAAUAAACAGUUCUGCUCUCUG